GCACAAAUAGAAUUGAAGGAAACACAAAUUAAUUUGAAGGAUCUUGAUUGCGCUCCCUUAUUACCAUGACUCUCCCUUAGCUGAGUGUGCAGUCGUACUAUUAAAAUAGUUGGGGGGGGGAAAAUGGGAAGAGCACCGUGUUGCUCUAAGGUUGGUUUGCAUAGAGGUCCAUGGACUACUAGAGAAGACGCACUCCUCGUUAACUAUAUUCUGAAACACGGCGAAGGCCAUUGGCGAUCCUUGCCAAACAAAGCCGGGCUGCUUAGAUGUGGCAAGAGUUGUAGGCUGAGAUGGCUUAACUAUCUUCGGCCAGAUAUUAAGAGAGGGAACAUUACCCCUGAAGAGGAUGACCUGAUCAUCCGACUACAUUCCCUUCUAGGCAAUCGUUGGUCUCUCAUUGCUGGAAGGUUGCCAGGCCGAACUGACAAUGAAAUCAAGAACUACUGGAACUCCCAUCUCAGCAAGAGACUCCAGGUUAGAAGCAAUAAGAACGGGUCAAAAUGCAAGAAGGAAUCAGCUGACCGAAAGAGAAAUGUCUCCAAUCUCAACAACAAGAAGAAGCAGAAGAAGGACGAUGAGGACACUGCUACAAGGACCAAGAUUCAUGCCCCGAAGGCAAUAAGGGUUUCUCCAUCCUCAGUGAAUAUCAGGACUAAUAAUAGCAUGGCUGGGUCAUCUAGUCAUGCAGGAGGAGUUGGUGAUCACGAUGACAAUUGGUUCAUGUCUGAUCUUGAAGUUGAUAAGAAUAUCAAUGGGGAUCUGGCUUGGGCUUCCAAUCGCUGUCUUGACGACCUUGUCCAUGAUCAUGAUCUCUCAGGCCAAAAUCACUCUCCGUCCAAUAUUGAUAACAUGCUAGAAGAAAUGUUUGGGGAAUAUCAGCAGCUCUUGAAUGCAGAGAAUCAUGCUCAAUUAUUGGACUCCUUUGUGGACUCGCUGUUGGCUUGAAUAAAUGUUGUAAUGAAUUGCUGUACGUAUUGCGACAUUUUGUCUGGCUAAUUUAGGAUUUCAGGGGCAUUAUUACAUCUUCUUGAAAUAAAUUAUAUAUUAUAGCCA